AACGGGCCUCUAAAAGAAUCGGGAUCGGGAGAGACGCAUGGUGUGCGGCUAACUCCUGUCCUCUAUGAUACUUUCGACUAGAGUCAAUGUGGCCUCUAUGUUAGCGCUCUUAAUUCCCAUGGCCUUACUGCCAGUCGUGUCGCUGGGAGAAGUGUGUACUCUUCAGGAGUUGCAUGGUUGCCUGGAGUUGCUACAGUCCGUCACUCAGAGCAAUGACCUGCUGUUCGUGACGACAAGGGCCGAGCUUCUAGCACUCUGCAGCAAAUUAAAAGAAAGUGUCAGUUGUGUGGACGAACAUAUGAAAAACUGCUUCAAUCCUACCCAGACAAAAGUUUUCAAUCACGUAGUGGCCGGAGCGAGACAGUUCUUGCUUGAACUUUGUGUAGCUGGACCUAUACAGGAAGCUUACCUGAGGCAUUCUCCUUGCUACAAAAAUGUGUCCCUAUCCGAGGAGAAAUGCGCCCCCAAGUACAGGCAUCUCAUCCACCUAUCGGAGAACGUCGAAGAGCAGCGGAACAUUGAUGAGGGACUCAGAGAAUCCUGUUGCGCUUUCAAUGAUUUUGUGCUCUGUAAAUACGUCUACGUGAGAAGAGAUUGCGGACAAGACGCCGCGGAUUUCUUAGAACAGCACUUGGACCGCAUAUCGUCUCCUCUCAUCCAUGAGCACUGUGCCCAUUACACAUACGCCACUGAUUCCUGCAAUCCUUCCUCUUCACCUGUUCUCCUGCCUGACUACCCCUUCCUUCUUUACUUCACGGUCACAGUGACUCUCAUCCAGUUAAUCAAAGGAUGGAAGACAUUGUGAAGGAGCCUUCCAGAUAAACGUAUCAUCGGAGGAUAUCCGAAAUGGCGAUGAUUUUUCAUUGUUACAUAUGGAAAGAAUUACGGAUUUGAUACUGUGAAGGAAUUUUUAAAAUCAUAGAUUAUUCAAAUUGAUUUCAGUUUAUGGCUAUCUAACUUUAGUUUGUCGAAAUUUGUUAAUAUGGUUAAAUAACAAAAUGACGGCAUAUUGAGCAAAUGUUAUUCCACUCGAGUGAAAAGAUUUCAACGUGGCACCUAUAACACUUUUUUUUGUUAAUAUCAAUGUUCAGUAAGUCUAUUCAUAAUUAUCAAAUAAUAUAAUAUAAUAUUGCAUGCACUCUUAUUGUAAUUAUUUGAAGAAAUUUACAGUAAGGUGAGUAAAUGAGUGGAACCUAUUCUUGGUAUUAAAUUCUAUUAUUCUAUUCUUUCACAAUAAUUCGCAUUCACUAAAUAUAAUUCAUUCAACAUCUAACAAAAUUAUAAUGUAAAUGCCAUUCUAUUUGAUAUUUAAAAAAUAUUUUCAUGAAACAAAUAUCGAUACGGCUUCCUUUCUUUCUUUAUUUUGUAAGAAAUACUAUAAUUCAGUCUUUAUAAUCAAUGAAAAAACAAUUUUUUCAUAAUUAAAUCAAGAUUAAAUAAAUGUGAUUGGUUUAUAUAGACCGGUUCUGACGUGUAGUGAGCAUGACAUAAGAAUAACUAUUCAGUUUUGAUAAAUUUUGAGACGAGAUAGAAUCAAAAUUUGAUGAGUCUGACUGCGUUUAACUAUUUCAUAAUAGGCGAUUGAAGAUAUAUCAGUAGUGAUGAGAAAGAAGGAAUUCUCCCAGUUCAGAAUAAUUGCGUUUAUUAUAAUCAUAUUAAACCUAUGAGAUCGGAUACUUGUUUUCAACCCCCACCCCUUAUAACAAUUGCAUUCACUGAUCUGAGAACCUGAUCAGUUUCCAACUCGUCAGAGUCAUUCUACAUUAUACAUGCGUAAAAUACGAAGAAUUUUCUUCUGUUACUACGCUUAAUUCAUUCACUUAUUAACAAAAAGAAACAUUUUUUAUUCAUUCAUAUUUCUUAAGAGAUAUAUAAACAUUUUAGCAUGCUUUUGAAUUAGUAAACAUAUUUUUUAUCAAAUGAUCUCUUUAUAAUUUUGAUUCUAAAGAUAAGUAAAUUAAUUUAUAAUGAUAUAAGUUAUGACUUUAUAAAGCGAUUAUAAAGUCACUCUGCUGUAAUAUUUUAAUAAAUCAUUGACAGUUAUUUAUCUCAGUGUAUUAUUAUAACAUUGUUUAUGCAUGCUUCAUCAUGAAAUAUAUUCUAGAUAUACUCAUUGUCCUAUGAGAUUCAUUUUUUUAAGUAUAUGAUUGAGAUAAGUAUAUGAUAAGUUAUAUGAUUGAGAGUUGCCAAGAUAAUUAUCACAAUUUGUAUGCUUUGGGAAAUUCAAGGCUAAAAGUUCUUACUUGAAUUUUUUUUUAAUACUGACUUACAGUAAACACUAAGACUAAUUAUCCAGGGCAACGCAAUAUUUAUUCAAAAUAAUACUUUAUAAGGAAUUUAAAAUAUCGAAAAAUUAAUAUACGAUAAAUCUUAUUUCUUUAAUCACACAAAUUAAAUUAUAAAAGAGAAUGGAAAUUAUUUUGCUAGGCAAAUUUCUACUGGAAACUUAUGCUUAACUCAGACAGUUUAGAAAUCAGCUAUUGAACUACAAAGGUUUUGGACAUCUUGCGCUUUGUUUGUCUAAAGAAAGAAAAACGUAGGUUUUGGAAUUAUUUGUUUCUUGUCAACACAAUUUUCUGUUCUACGAUGUUCUAUAUCACAUGUUAUUCGUUACAUUGUAAGUGUUUCAACCUGAAACACAUAUAUUUCAUUAGAAUUUGAAGCAUCCGAAAUAAAAAUUAUUUCCACGAAAAUAUGGAGUUAAUAUAAAACGCACAAAAGAUUGAAAAGAAAUAUAUAUUGAACUAUGGUUUCAAAAAGAAAUUGAACCCGGAAAUAUCUUUUUACUUAUAUUAUUAUUGUUUUCAAAUCAAUCACAUUUAGAUGUAAGA